AUGUUACCGGCUCAUGGAUAUCCAGAACUUAAGAAGUACACAAAUUUAGUCGGGCACUUUGGGACUGCGUGGUACAAUCAACAACACGAGUUACUCAAUUUCCCGGGGCCGGUGGUGUUCACUACCAACUGCCUAAUGAAACCGAAGCCUGAAUACGCUGAACACAUUUUUACAACAAAUGAAGUUGGAUAUGCGGGGUUGAUUCACGUUGGUUCAAAUAAGGACUUUAAAGUGGUUAUUGAGAAAGCCCUUGCAAUGGAUGGCUUUCAAGAUGAUAAGAAAGACGGCGAAGUGUUAACAGGAUUUGGUCAUCAUGCGUUGCUUGAGACUGAAAUCACAGAGAAGUUAGUCUCAUAUAUUAAGACGGGGAAGAUCAAAGGAAUUUAU